GUCAACCGUCACAGAUAGAAUAUUUUCUGGAAAAGAUCCGCCUUUGGAAGAAAGAUUCGUCUUUGGACAAGGCUCCAAAACCGGGGAAGUUUAAAUUUCUCUCGUGAAACUUGGGUUCCAUGGAAGGCGGGGUUGGAAUCAGCAGCUACUCGCGGAAUUCCUCCAACCAGGGAUCGGCAUUCUUGCUCAUCGCCCCGGCUCUCCGCGUGGCGAUCGCGGCGCACGACUUCGCCGAUCACACUGCCGCUCCCCUCCGGAUCGCCGAUUUGGGAUGCGCGGUGGGCAGCAACACUAUCACCGCGGUAGCCUUUGUGAUCAAGGCCGUGAGAGACAAAUUCAAGUCGUCCGGGCUGCGCGAGCCCGAGGUCCAGGCGCUAUUUUCGGAUUUGGUCUCCAACGAUUUCAACACGCUCUUCCAGCAUCUGGAGGGCGCCGAUUUCUUCGUCGCGGGAGUGCCAGGAUCGUUCUACCAUCGCCUCUUCCCCAGCUCCAGCAUCCACUUUUCCAUGUGUAACGUAGCAUUGCAGUGGCUCUCAAAGGCGAGUGAGAGAUUUCUUUCUCAUCUGUUCCAGCGGCCGUGGCUGACAGAAGAUCUUCGUCCUGGAACGCUGGAAGAAUCACUGCUGGAGGAUCAGCACCAGAGGUUGCUCGAGCGUUCGCGUCGCAAGCCCACGAAGAUCUCUGCCGCUACUUGGCUUGUCGAGCUGAAGAGACUGUCCCUGGCGGCCUCGUCACCUUCUUCACUGAAAAGAACAAACCCGCUUUGCUUUGCACAGGGAUUGAUUGAUGAAGAAACUCGUGACUCCUUCAAUAUUCCGGCCUACCACCGGACUCUGGACGAGAUUGCCAAGGCCGUCAGCGACUCUGGCGAUGUUUUCACUAUCUUGCAGCUCGAAGAACUCAAGUGUCCAAUGCCAACAUACGCCAGCGUCAAGGCCAAAGUUGAGGCUGGAGGAGGGAAAGCUCCGACUCCUCAAGAGUAUGCUGGCAUAGAGACCAUGGCGAUGAAGAGCACUAUGAAGAAACAAAUAGAAGCACACCUGAAAACUCCAGAUCUGGUCGAGGCACUGUUUAAACGGCUGGAAGAGAGAUUUCUUCCGAAGGAACCUUAUGUUCCAGCACGUCACGUCAAAAUGGCUUUGGCAAUCCUGGAGCGAGGAAGUAAAUAA